AUGAUUGGCAAAAGUUCAGGUUCUCGAUCGUGGGAUCGGGUGACCCCUCCGGGUAAAUGUGAGACUGUUUGGAAGGUGGAUCUCACUAAGUAUUCUUGGGCCGAGUGUCAGCAGGAGGUUAUCAGGCUGUGCGCCCCGACUCGCAAACUAGUCGACAAGCAUCUCCGCCGGCUCCAGGAAGAAGGAUUGCUCAAAUGGCACUGCAUGCUGCAUCGGGACGCCACGUUUGGUCAAAAUAAAAAUUAUUUUGUGUCGAAUGACGAGGAAUUCGCUCCGUUUGUCGAGGCGGUGGUCAAUAACGCAACCACCAAGGCGAUGAUAAAAAUCGUGAUGGAGGAUCCUGAUCGCUCCGCAAAGGAUUCCGACGAGGCAAAAAAGGUUGAUGAUAGUCUUGCCUUGAAUUACGCGGACGAGGACACCCGCCUCGCUUUGCAGCGGGUUCACACCCGCCUGGCUGUGAAUCAAUGGGUUUUUGGUCGAGUGCAGCCCAAAUCGGAUACAAGCGGGCAAGAUCGAAGUCGAAUUGUCGCCGAUAUCACCCGACACAUCAAGGCGAAAUAUGGAUGUGACGCCGAAUCCAUGCGCGUCCGUGAUCCUGACAAUCCAAACCGAUCCAUCCGCGUGACCACCGAGGCCCUCCGCGCUUGGAGCCGAGCAAUGCUCCACGGCGCAAAGGGAGUCGACUUGGAUACCCCUCCGAAAUGCAAGGAAUGUGUUCCCGAGGACGUAUCGGUCGUCACGCUCGAGGAACUGGACGCCAGACGGGACGCAAGGCUCUCGCGACACAAGAGCGGGUCCCCUUCAAAGCCAUCCAUAUCGCCUGGGGGCGCCACCCGUGGCCUGAUCUCAAAAUCCACGGGGCCCGUGUUCACUGCGACCCGCAGGUCGGCGUCGGGGCAAAUCCUACCGCCGCGAUUGAUUCCCGGGGAUGCGAAACGACCUGCUGAGAGCCGCGGUCCGGCAGGUUCCCAUGCUUCAAACUCUUCUGAGAACCCCGGGUCCUUGCGGGCCCAAGGGUUCUUGGACCUGACCGGCCACGAUGACGAGUAUGAACCCAAGGAGUCGUGGCGCCCCUGCAGUCCUGUUGACACAUCGGCUCAACGGGUCAUCACAUCCGGAACACCUAUGGAUCCACCACCAUCUCGAAGGGUCAGCACCACCGGUACGGACAUCGAGGUUCUCCCCGGAGGCUCCACGCUUCGCUCCCCCUUGCGCAAACUCGUCCGCAGCCCGGUUGGGGACGGCAUGGCCCAUCACUUCACCCGCCUGGACUUCGAGCGCCCCCAAUCGCCAACCAGGAUGUUAUCGGUGUCUCCAACCCGCAAGCGACCUGGGUCCCAGGCCUCUUUGUCAUACCCGUUGAUGGACAUGUCCAACAAGCCCCCUCUGAAUGAAAUGGGCCGUGCCCUGUCGAUCGAUGGGUUCCUCAAACUAUGUAACUUCACCAAUGACGAUCAUGUACCAAGGGCCUUGAUCUCCCUGAACCACAUCCGCCUAUGGGACUUCUUCUUGGACACGACCUUCUAUGUCCUCCACCGCAUGGGGUUCCCAUACCCUAUCGCAACCCAACUUUUGAAGGGUGCGAAAUGGCUCGAGGCUACCCACCUUGACCUUGUGCACACGGACCCGACACCUGACCCCUCCGAGGCCGCCAACGCAUCCCAAGCAAAGCCGGAAUCUGCCGCUGGUACCUCCGAACUGGACAAGAAUGAUGCCCAAUUGGGCCCUAGCGGUUUACCAGACUCCAGUCAGCCGCAGUCGAUCCACAUGCCUGAGGGUGAGGACCGCGAUGGCAUGGCGGAAGACGAGGGGUCAAACCCCUGUCAGCCAUUGAAUCCAUCCCCAGUUUAUUAA